GCCCUUUAUUCCUCUUUCAAAAUACUGCCUGCACCGCUGUUCACCCUCCCCCUCCUUCCCCAUGCCUAUGCCCCUUGUUUACAAUAACGAGCACCCCUCGCCGCCACAAUCUUCUCCCAUAAUACCCGAGGAGAGGGGACUUCCCCCUCGAACAUCUCAAUUGACAAUGCACACCAAAGAUCUCAACUCGACAACCUCACCCUCCUCUUCUCCAGCCGCAACCGUGAAUGGGGUCACGGAUAGAGCCGAGCUUAUCGAGAGAAUAAAAGCUGGCCAAACUCCUACUUGGGUCCCUAACCGAUCGGUAAUUACUACGCUCCUUUCCUCACAUGUGCUUGAGAAAAACUGUGCAGUGAUCUUUCAUGCUUCUCAGCUCCUUGUCUACUGACUUGUUUGAUUUCUAACGCUAAUUUCCCAGCACUCAAAUUAUUACCCUAACCACAGCCCUUCGGAAAAACAUUUUAUCGACGAACACCCUGAUCGUCCCCAGUCUGCUCUCCACCAGGGUGUCUUUACGAAUAAUGAGCCGAGGGGUUUUCAAACAUACCCUCCGUCCCCUCCCUUCCCUUCCGCUUCACCCUUUCUGGGCAGUCCGAGCACCGGUUACAGUGAGACGCCUCCCCUUACCAUAUCCUCCCCGUUCAAUCCUUAUGCUUCCGAGCUGUGCCAGGCUAGGGCAAGGCAUAGGUGCCUCUCCUUCUCCUCCAACUUUGUCCUGAAAGCUCCGACGUCGCCGUUGGUUCACUCUUCAAACCCCGACAACGACAGUAGUGGCAAUGAGGGCUCGUCCGCUUCGACGGCUGCCGGUGCAAUCGACAUUGAAUACUCCUUCCCGGGCGGAGAGGGUCGACGUGUAUCCCUCCCACCCUCGUCGCUUUCCUCUCUACAGCUGUCACCGACUGCUCCCUCUUCCUUACGUCGUCCGAAAGGGGCUGGGUGGGGGGAUGGUCGGUCGACUUCACCACCACUUGCGGCCCGUCAUGCUCGCCGGUUCUCGGGGUUUGGGGGUUCAACGUCGGAUUUGCCGUUUGGGGGCUCUCUGGUGGGAUCAUUCGAGGAGUCAAUACUCAACGGCCGUAUGUCGACUACCCCGUCAAAACCUCUCAAUUUCGUUGCGCAGAUUGGGGUUCUCGGUCUCGGAAAGUGCAAGCCGUCAUUGAGGUGCCCGACUCAUGUCACUCUUCCGUUCCCGGCCUAUUUUUAUGCCCUUGGCGAUUACGACAGCCCUUCGCCAUAUGUUGGACAAGUUGACCUCGACACAGCCCUGAAUAUUGCAAACGGAAGGUCUUCGAAGGCUCCCCCAGGUGUUGGAGGCGCAUACCGCAUCCCGCAGCGUGGGCAGCUCCAGAUUGUUAUCAAAAACCCGAAUAAGACCGCGGUGAAACUUUUCCUGGUGCCGUAUGAUCUGAAGGAUAUGGAGGCGGGAUCGAAGACGUUUAUCAGGCAGAAAAGCUAUUCCGUUGGAAACCCGCUGCUCUCUGACUUCGCAGGCAACAUUCCAGUGGCCAUGAAGAGGGAGAAGGAGAAGGACUCGUUGCGUUACCUAAUACAUCUGCACAUUUGCAGUCCGAGUAGGGGCCGCUACUACCUGCACAAGUCGAUCAGGGUGGUGUUCGCGAAUAGGGUCCCGGAUGGCAAAGAGAAGUUGAGGAACGAGCUCCUAUGGCCCGAGCCCAAAUUCAGUCCCUGGAAGCCCGAGAGUUGCGCCCCGAUGCCAAUUUCCUCUCUCUCCAAUAGGAAACGAAGCACAAGCCUCCAUAUGAAUUUCCCAAGCGCCUUGGGUCGCGGAGCAAAAGGCGCAAUGUCUCCCCCACCGAUCCCCAAGUUCAAUGCAGUAAAUAUUGAACCCGAUGGCAUGAAGGGUAUUGACACCGACUCGGCGAGCGAGAUGGGCAGUGGCGUGGGCGAGUACGAGAAGAUGAGCCUACCCCCGUCGAUUGGAAGAGCCGAGGGACAAGGGCUUUUGGCGAAAAAACUUAAAGGCCUAGAAGUCUUGACGGCGGACGGGCCGGGUAUUAGGGGAAUCUGGGAUAUGAAGAAUUAAAGUGGUUGAUUCUUUCUUCCUUACCAGGUGCUAGGAGGUUUCUGAUAAAACACCGUAACUCAGUACAUACCAUAGACUGGUGUUAUCAGAAACUCCUGCAAUUUCUCAUCACUACUCAUAUCGCAUCUUUAUUUCCUGUCUUGAAAAUUUUGUCAUAUUUCUUUCCUGUUUUUCAAUUCCGUGCUGGGAGGGUUAAUUUCUGCCCGCUAUAUCUUUGCUAUUCUCCUCUUUGUUUUGUACAUUCAUGGGUCUGGAGUUUAAUUGGAGAAACAAUACCUUGUCUCACUACGUAUUCUUUGCUAUUUCCUCCUACCUCUCCGAUAAGGGAUGGGGUGCAUCCGCUUUUUGUGCGAAAGGAGAUUUUUCUUUCUUUUGGCACUACAGUCUGGAUAGCUCGCCCGAAAACUCCGCUUGAUAGCCGGCGAUAGGGAGCAUUGCCUCUGGUGCUUUCAUUGCUAUAGUAGGUUACACCAUAUAUGGUGGCGGUAUAGACUGCGACGAGUCGAGGGCGGUGAUGGAGGUGGGUUCCGGUGGAAUUGGCCCACCCCGCUUGACAAGCGGUCGAGUCAUAGUUCAUGAUCGACGAUUCGCGACAUAUCAUAUCACACGACGGGGCCAUUUCACAGAAUUACGGCACCUACUGUAGUCUACAUGCAACUGAUUGACUUGCACCCGUGACAUGAUGCGUGCCCUGCCUUUGCCUUCUCUUUCCCAUUCCUUCGCCCGUUGCUGCCUGGUACUCU